GACCAUUUCUUAUGCUCAACAAAUCACCAUCUUAAAAUAAACAACUUAAGCACGUCGUCUAAAUGUGUUGGAAGUGCCACACACGAAACCAAGUGGGGAGAAUAAUAUAAACUUUACACAAAAAGCGACUAUAUAUCAAGGGACUUCACGUUGAACUAUAUCAUAACAAAGAAGAGAAACUAAAAAGAGCAGCUACGGGUAGAAUGAGAUCCCCAAAAAUUAUGGGAUUAGGGCAUUGCAUGGUUUAUGUUGUGGUCUUUAGCGCCAUCGUAGCUGCAGCUUACCCUUAUGAAUCUCCCCCAACAACUCAGAAAUAUCCCCCUGUCCAUAAAACCAAAUCACCAUAUCCACCCAAAAAGAAUUCCCCAUAUUACUCGGCACCACCAUCUCCUCCACCACAAUAUAGAAGACAAGGCCCUAAAUAUACACCACAUCCAAAACCAUAUAUCUACAGUUCCCCACCACCUCCGUCAUACUACUCUCCUUCUCCGAAGGUCGAAUACAAAUCUCCACCACCGCCUUAUGUCUACAGCUCUCCACCACCUCCACCAUACUACUCUCCUUCCCCGAAGGUAGACUACAAGUCUCCACCACCGCCAUAUGUAUACAGCUCUCCACCACCGCCACCAUACUAUUCUCCUUCCCCGAAGGUAGAGUACAAGUCUCCGCCACAACCAUACGUUUACAACUCUCCACCACCUCCACCAUACUACUCUCCUUCUCCUAAGGUCGAAUACAAGUCUCCACCACCACCAUACGUGUACAGCUCCCCACCACCUCCGCCAUACUACUCUCCUUCUCCGAAGGUAGAGUACAAGUCUCCUCCUCCUCCUUAUGUCUACAGCUCCCCACCACCUCCGCCAUACUACUCUCCUUCUCCGAAGGUAGAGUACAAGUCUCCACCACCUCCAUACGUUUACAACUCCCCACCACCUCCACCAUACUACUCUCCUUCACCAAAAGUAGAGUACAAAUCUCCACCACCUCCAUACGUCUACAGCUCCCCACCACCUCCACCAUACUACUCUCCUUCCCCAAAAGUUGACUACAAGUCUCCACCGCCGCCAUAUGUCUACAGCUCUCCACCACCUCCACCAUACUACUCUCCUUCCCCGAAGGUAGACUACAAGUCUCCACCACCGCCAUACGUAUACAGUUCUCCACCACCGCCACCAUACUACUCUCCUUCUCCGAAGGUAGACUACAAGUCUCCACCACCACCUUACGUUUACAGCUCUCCACCACCCCCACCAUACUACUCUCCUUCUCCUAAGGUCGAAUACAAAUCUCUACCACCACCAUACGUUUACAGCUACCCACCACCUCCGCCAUACUACUCUCCUUCUCCGAAGGUAGAGUACAAGUCUCCACCACCUCCAUACGUCUACAACUCCCCACCACCUCCACCAUACUACUCUCCGUCCCCAAAAGUUGACUACAAGUCUCCACCGCCACCAUACAUUUACAGCUCACCACCACCACCAUACUACUCUCCUUCCCCGAAGGUAUACUACAAGUCUCCGCCACCGCCAUAUGUAUACAGCUCCCCACCACCUCCACCAUACUACUCUCCUUCGCCAAAGAUGGUCUACAAGUCUCCACCACCGCCAUACGUCUACAGCUCCCCACCACCUCCACCAUACUAUUCUCCUUCCCCAAAGGUAAACUACAAAUCUCCACCACCGCCAUACGUCUACAGCUCCCCACCACCUCCACCAUACUAUUCUCCUUCCCCGAAGGUAAACUACAAGUCUCCACCACCGCCAUACGUCUACAGCUCACCACCACCUCCACCAUUCUAUUCUCCUUCCCCGAAGACCGAAUACAAGUCUCCACCUCCGCCAUACGUGUACAGCUCCCCACCACCUCCACCAUACUAUUCUCCUUCGCCAAAGGUUGACUACAAGUCUCCACCACCGCCAUAUGUCUACAGCUCCCCACCAUACUACUCGCCUUCCCAAAAAGUUUCCUACAAGUCUCCACCACCUCCACCAUAUGUCUACAAAAUGCCCUACUACUAAUUUUUAAAUUGUUUCUUUAACAAGCAACAUGAUUCAUUGCUAUUGUUUUUUUUGAUGAAAUUGUCUUUUGAUUUUCCGUUGUUGUUGCCUCCUCUAUUUUAUGGUUUUAUAAUACCACUAAAAUUUGGCUA